CACCACGGUACCGCACUGUGACUCGUGUCGACAACGAUAUCCCAUCACUUUUAGCGUGAAAUCUACUCGGUCUGCCUCGCAAGAACACAUUUGCGCGGCUCAAGUCCCGCGACGAAGACUUGGGUACGAUGAGCAAGUCGGAUAUUCAAUCCUGGCUGUCUUCCGCCAGCACGGCACGCGAUGAAAGUGAAUCUGCUAGUCUGUCGUGGCAGAGAGACCGGGUGCUGGAAGGCUGGUCGCCGUCGAUGGAAUAUGCCCAGCAUCGGUUAUUGGAAAGCAAAACGUCGUCCAGGGUACGAUUCUUGCAGGAAGAAUUACUUCCUCUCGCUCGACAUGCAGAGCUCUCAUUGUCCCAAAAUCUUGAUAUCUUCAAGCUGUUAACGCUCACGACUGCUGUCGAGACGGUAGGAAUGGAGAUCGUAAAGAGGGAUGAACUACGUGGGACGACGGAUAAAGAUGAACAAAAGCUUGGAGUCACGGAGCAGAUACUGGGCUGGCUGUCUCAUGAAGUAGCGCGCUAUUCGAAGUUCAGUUCAUCAAGCGCUUGUGCUCCUUCAGAUCUUUUCACGCUUCUUAGCUGGUGUUGUGGGAUAUAUACCGUAUGCAUCCAGCAUAAUCCAGGAUUCUCAGAAACGCAGUCGUGGAACGCCUUGCUCGGAUCCAUGGCUCUCCUCCUGGAUAUGAUCAGUGACUCUUCACGGGCGAAAGAAUCCCUCAAACAUGCUGCUUUAGUUCGCACGAGGCGUGCGUUCCGUUCAGGUGGCGGAAAAUUAAAUCUCGUCAUUGAGGCUCUUCUCAAGCAAGCCAAGUCCAGUCAUCAUCCUCAACGGCUCAUCCCUUUAAUCGGUGUUGCAGUAGGAGUGCUUGUGCGACUAAGGAAUAUCACGGAGUCACCAUCAUCUAGAUUAUCCACCGCACUGAUGACCGACAUACUUACUUUAUACUCAAGCUCGCUACUCAUGUCGAAACAUGUUGUUCCUGCACACGUAUUGGAUGCGACCUAUGAUUUCAUUCACCAUUUCGUCACGGAAGAUGAUUUUGCCAGCACAAUCUGGCCCGCCUGCGAAAAAGCGAUACUCAGGUCACCCGAAUAUUCGCUUAAUGUCACCAGGCAUUUUUUCACCGCAUAUUCAUGUCCCCUCAGCGAUGAGUCUGUGCACCGUGUAAUUGCACAAGCCGUAAAUUGCUCAAAAUCAAGUAACAAUGCCGUUCGAACAAAUUCAAUCGAAUUGUUCAAGACCAUCGUCGGCGCAAAUCAGACACCGUUGGUUUUGGAGACCGCUGUGAACGAACUUUUAACACUUCCACGGACAGGAAAGACGAUAGGACCAGAUCAUCGUGUUGCGCUCUAUACCAUGCUCGCAUCAAUACCCGCUUGUGCCAUUUCCACCUCUGUCGUUCAAACCACCACUCCUCUCCUCGCAAAAGAAAGUCAUGAUGCAGCUGUAUCCACCCUUACCUCCGCUCUUCAUCCUCAUAUACUCCAUCUCCUCCAGUCUAGCCUUUCUCUUGCCAAAGACACAUUGUCUUUGAUAGCCAAGGAGAUGAAUAGCCUCAAGCCUCCCAUCCGGCGAGCAUUCUGCGCUUUAGCGGGCAAUAUUCUAUGGUCAUCGGAGAAUUUGGAUACGUCUGCAUGGCUAUCUUUUGCUUCUGCAGUCUUACCCUCCUUCGAGAGCAGUCUGAAGACGACUUCGAACAACCCGAAUGUCGGUGCGUUCGAGGGAUAUAUCGCGGUGGCAGUUCUUCUGGGACCUUUGGCGCAGGCCGGAAAGUUUGAUGAUGUCGUAUCGCGGAACCCGGUGAUUCAGGCCAUUACGUCCAGUUCCGCAAAGCCCUCCUUCCUUCUCUCCGAACGGGUUUAUCAGAAACUCACUGACUCUGAGGAUGAGCGGUGGCUUUUGCGCGCCACUGAGGCUCUAAUACGCUUUUUUAGCAAAGAAAUAUCCAAAAACGAUGCCAUCAGGCUGCAAGUUGGAAAUAUCUUCCUGCAUCUUUCCGUCAACGGCUCGUCUGCGGAUAUUCGAAGAGAUGUGAACCGAGCGAUUGAGUCGUCUGUUUCGAAAUUCCCCGAAUUGACGUCUCAUCUGGUUCGUGAUGCAAUGGUGGCUUUCACAGCUCGUGGGCCCCCUUCCACGGCCAAGGUUGAUGAUGUACCUGUUCCGUGGAAUAAACAUUCGCGACUCGCUGCGUUGUUCCUCAGUUCCGUCGCUUUUCCCGCUGAAUGUGAUGUCGCAGUCAAAGAACGGGAGGCUGUAGAGGCGUUGAUUGUAGCCCAUCACGAACUCAUAUGUGCUCCGGCUCGUCAAACGUGGAUUGAUCUUUGCCAAAAAGCUGGAACAGACCCCCACGAUCUUGUUAGCCGUCACAUCGAUCGACUCAUUGACUCGGUAUCCACUGACUCCCUUAGCGAAGCAUUUGGCUUCAAAGAUGCCAGUUACCGUGCAGUGACAACAUUGGCGUUCGUGUCUCCCGAGACUGCGGUGUCACGAAUAGUAGAUCAGAUCCGGAGGGAUUUGGACGCCAAAGUCGUCAAUGGACUAUCUGACGACGACCUAGGGAUUUGGACGACCCCAGAGGGUACAACCUAUGUUGAUGUCUUGGCAUCGUCCGGUAAAACCACGGAAACUAGAAAGGGCAAAGACGCCGAUAUCGCCAAAUGGGAAGCAGAUUUGCGUAAAUCGCUGGCCAACAAGAAGACUGCUACCCCUACAUUGACGAAGCAGCAGCAAGCCCUCGUCAACGCUCAACUGGAGAAGGAGUCCGCGGUGCGGCGCCGCGUAGAAUCCGUAAAAGCCAACCUAGAGCGCGGACUCCAUUUCGUCCGCAGUUUAGUGAGGGCAGGCGUUCCGCAGUUCAACGCAUUCAUAUCAUCAGUGGUUACGCUAUUGUUGGACGGAGCUGGAUCCCGCUUGGUCGGACAGAUUAGCGUUGAUGUGUAUCUGGAACUUGCCCAAUGUUGCUCAGACCGUCUGGACACGUUUAGGAAGUGGGUUGGGGUAGCGACUCUGCGUGGAUUGAAGGGGGACGUUGUUCCGGAGGAAUUGCAGGCUGAGGCUUUGAAUUCCUUGGUCACGAGGGUGUUGCACCGCUUGCGAUAUCUCUCUGAGCAGUCGCCGUUCGACCCCGCCACAUUCUCAUACGUCUUUCCUCUGAUCCGUCAUGUAUUGGCCCAAGGGGGUGUCUCCACCGAGGAUGCCGAAGAAAGGGAAGAGCAACUUGCAUUGGCGCUGCACACGAUUAAAUUCCAUUGUGGAGAAUUUGCUGAACUUGACUACCCGCGACAACAAACGUUAGAGAUCCUCAUAUCGACGACUCGUCAGCAACCCAAGCUCAGUAAGGAGGCCUCGUCGGCGCUUAUCGACCUCAGCGAAGCUAUUUAUCGGACCGCAUCAAAAAGCGAAGUCGGUGUUUUAUUGCAGGGGACGCUGUUGCAAGAAGCUUAUGUCCGAAACUCGUGUCUCCAAUCUCUUCAGCCUUUCGAUUUGACGGACUUGGACUGGUCGCCGGAACUUUGGAUAGCUUGCCAUGAUGAAGACGAACAAAACUCCUUCUUGGCAAAGCACGUAUGGGAAGACAACGGAUUGGAUGUCCCCGAGUCGUUCCUUAGUGCAAUGCUACCUUACCUUAAUCACGAUCACGCAUACGUUCGUUCCAGCACUGCUGCUGCUAUUGCAGAAGGUGUUGAACAUUGGCCUCAAUCAAUCAAAGACACCGUCGCUGCAUUACAGGAGUACUACCGUGAAAAGGCGAAGAUUCUGGCACCAGAAUAUGACCAAUAUGGCAUGGUUAUAGCGCAGAGUCUUGAUCGCUCAGAUCCUUGGCCAUCCCGAGUAGCAACAGCGCGUUCUUUUGAGCUGCUAGCACCAUCAUUCACGAGUGCGGAAGUCGAGCCAUUCUUCAAGUUUCUCAUUCAGGACGAGGCAUUGGGCGAUCGCGAACCCGAUGUCCGUAGGGGGAUGCUCUCUGCUGGGACAACGAUCAUUGACCUCCAUGGUGCUUCGUGUAUAUCGAGUCUUAUUGCCAUGUUUGAAGGCCAUUUGAGCAGUCCUAGUCCAUCCACUGAAGCUGGCGAUCAUAUCAAGGAAGCGGUCGUCAUUCUUUUUGGUCGUGUCGCCCGCCAUCUUGAUCCCUCUGACCUACGUAUUCCUACAAUUGUCGACAGACUCGUCGAGGCGCUCAAAACUCCGGCCGAACAAGUACAAAUAGCUGUUUCAGACUGCCUGUCCCCUCUCGUCAGGCUGAUGCGGCCUAAACUGCCGUCUUUGGUUGACAACCUCAUGGAUGACUUGGCGAAUGCCCCGAAAUAUGCUGCUCGUCGUGGUGCGGCGUAUGGUUUGGCAGGCGUCAUUAAGGGCACGGGGAUUGCUGGGAUGAAAGAGUUCAAUAUGAUCAGUCGCUUGCGAGCAGCUACGGAGGACAAGAAGAGAUACGAGCCUCGCCAGGGCACCAUGUUUGCGUUUGAAACGCUGUCCAGUUCAUUGGGGCGGCUUUUUGAACCUUAUAUCACAUACGUUCUUCCGCUCCUGCUCUCGUUGUUUGGAGAUGCUACUCCGGAUGUCAGGGAAGCCACUCAGGAUGCAGCUCGGGUCAUUAUGGCGAAUAUGUCCGGCUAUGGCGUCAAGCUCAUCUUGCCUUCCUUACUCUCUGGUCUCGAUGAAAAACAGUGGCGAACAAAGAAGGGCUCCAUAGAACUUCUCGGAAUGAUGGCGUAUUGCUCACCUAGGCAGCUUUCCCUCUCUCUCCCUAUUGUCAUUCCGCGUCUCACAGGUGUCUUGACGGACUCCCAUACUCAAGUGCGAACAGCUGCCAACAAGAGCUUGAAACAGUUUGGAGAGGUUAUCAGUAACCCCGAGAUCCAGUCGCUGGUUCCUGUCCUUCUGAAAGCUCUUGUCGACCCCGCGAAGACGCCAAUUGCUUUGUCUUCGUUACUCAAGACCUCUUUCAUGCACUACAUCGAUCAUUCUUCCUUGGCCUUGGUGGUUCCUAUUCUAGAACGAGGCCUACGCGAGCGUGGCGCGGAUACCAAGAAGAAGGCAGCACAGAUCGUGGGUAAUCUGGCGUCGUUGACAGACUCGCGAGACUUCGUCCCUUAUCUCUCCGAGUUACUGCCGAUGGUGCAUAUUGUACUUGUAGAUCCCGUACCGGAGGCUAGGGCUACAGCUGCCAAAGCGCUGGGAACCCUAGUAGAACGUCUGGGCGAAGGUCACUUCCCGGACCUAGUACCUGGCCUUCUGCGAACUCUUAAAACGGAUACAUCUGGCGUGGAUCGACAGGGCGCUGCCCAAGGACUAAGUGAAGUUCUGUCCGGUCUCGGAAUGGAGCGCCUCGAAGGUUUACUUCCUGACAUCAUCACGAACGCGCAAUCUCCCAGAGCAACGGUUCGGGAAGGUUUCAUGUCGUUGUUGGUGUACCUUCCAGCCACCUUUGGUACUCGUUUCCAGCCUCAUCUACCGAAGAUCAUCACUCCGAUAUUGAGUGGUCUAUCUGACGUAGAAGAAUAUGUUCGGGAUGCAGCGAUGAGGGCCGGAAGAAUGAUUAUAACCAACUAUUCGAACAGGGCAAUCGAUCUUCUUCUUCCCGAGCUUGAGCAUGGAAUGUUUGAUCCUGGUUGGCGCAUUCGGCAAUCGUCCAUCACUCUUGUCGGAGAGCUCAUGUUCAAGGUUUCUGGUAUUUCAGGCAAGACUUCUGAUCUUGAUGAGGAAGACGUCGCCGAUGCUAGCACUGCGGAAAGCUCCCGCCGUGCUUUGGUUGAAGUUCUUGGUGUCGAAAGAAGAGAUAGGCUUCUCGCUGCGCUUUAUCUUGUUCGUCAAGAUGGCGUCGCUGUCGUUCGUCAAUCAUCAAUCCAAAUCUGGAAGGCUUUGGUGAACAAUACUCCCCGGACAGUCCGAGAGAUUCUUCCUGAGCUGAUCAGCCAAAUCAUUGUCCUUAUAUCUAGCGAUGAGUUCGAGCAGCAAGAGACCUCUGGCCGUACAAUAGCAGAGCUCUGUCGCAAGUUCGGCGAGAAGAUCGUGGGCGAAAUCAUGACAGUUCUCAAAGGUAAGGCAACAUCCACUGACUCGCGAACCAGAGAAGGUGUCUGCUUGGUCCUGAGCGAAAUUAUGGAAAAUUCUACCGACACUCAGCGAGAAGAUCACGAAGACGACAUUAUAUCCAUGGUUCGCGUGUCUUUAGUCGACGAUGAGGCCAAUGUUCGUUCUGCGGCAGCCAAAGCGUUCGACAUGUUGCAAGAACAUAUAGGGCCCAAAGCUAUUGACGAAACUAUCCCUACGCUUUUGGAAGCUCUUCGGCAGCCUGGAGAGAGUUCUGGCACCGCACUGCAAGCGCUCAGGGAGGUCAUGAAUGUACGAGCGGCGACCGUGUUCCCGGUCCUGAUUCCAACAUUGACGGCUUUACCAAUGACCGUGUUCAAUGCACAUGCUCUUGCUUCACUAGUCACUGUUGCUGGAAACGCACUGAGCAAGCGGUUGUCAGCCAUUACAAGUGCCUUUGUCAAAGUUAUCGAAGACGAGACCGAUGAGGAGCUUCUAUCCGCAGUCGAUGAGGCAACUCGUGCAUUAUUCUCAUCAAUUAAUGAUGUUGAAGGGCUCAAUACGCUCAUGAUGGUGCUCCUAGGAUGGUCGAAGCACGAUACCCCUAGACGGCGAAAGAGCGCCUACAAGUUAUUCUCCAUCUUCUGCGAAGAGACCGAACUGGAUACUUCGCUAUACCGUGUGGACUGGAUCAGGCAACUCAUAUUUGCCAUGGAGGAUCAUUACGACAACGUAUAUUCGAGUGCCGUACAAACAAUUGACGUAUUCCUCAAAUCCGUUCCCAAGGACGAGCUCGAAUCGCUAGUGGUUCCUUUGCGGCGAAGUAUCGAGUCCACAGGUGCUCCAGGUCGCUUUGUACCUGGUUUCAGUGUUCCCAAGGCCGUCGCGCCCCUUGUUCCUGUCAUUAUCGCUGGUUUAACAACCGGAAGCAACGAGCAGCGGGAACAAGCAGCCUAUGCUAUUGGUGAUCUCGUGGAACGUACGGAAGAUACCGCGAUCAAACCAUAUGUGGUAUCUUUCACUGGACCCCUGAUUCGAGUGGCGACACAGGCAACGACGUACCCACCAGCGGUCAAGACGGCCAUCCUGAGUGCACUGACGUCAAUGUUAGAACGUAUACCAGCCUUCGUUAAACCCUUCUACCCACAACUCCAGAGGACGUUUGUCAAGGGCGUAAGCGAUCCCGCGAGCAUCGUCGUCAGAAAUAAAGCGGCCAAGGCAUUAGGCGUGUUGAUGAGAAGCCAGCCCAGGGUGGAUCCAGUUGUGACAGAGCUUAUUACAGGAGCCAAGGGCAACGCCGAUGACGGUAUUGGUAGCAGCGCAGUGGUGGCGCUUGCGCAUGUGGUCAGAAGUGCCAAGGAGAACGUAGGUGAAAAGGCGAGGGAAGCGUGUGUCGACCUUGUCAUGGAUGCAUAUAGGGGAAGCUCUGAUGAAUCGUACAUACAAGCUAUAGCUUCGUUGGUGGCGGCGUUAGCCAUCUUCCCAGAUGUGCUUCAACCUGUCGUAGAGUCGUACUUGGUUGCCGGUACUCCAGCAUCUGUCAUUUCUUCGCACACGCUCCUUGCUGUCCUAUCCUCAGAUGACGAGGCCGAUUCACCGACAGUUGAGGGCGAGAAUCUUUUCCAGAAGCUGGGCUUGAUGCGGAGUGUUGCCCAAAAAGUGAUAGAAAGUGCCGGCAACGAAAAGCCGUCCAUUGCGAGACCUGCACGGGAAGCGAAGGAGGCAUUGAGGUAUAUUGAUGACGAGGGCUUACAAGGGCUACUAUAGAUCUGUAUACUAUGGAUAUCUACAUGACAGCCGAGGGUUCCAAAAAGACACUGUUAAUUUUCCCCUGAUCUAUACGCGUACAUUAGAUGCCGCAUCUUGGAGUUUCGGCACAAACCCUAGCUUUUAUCGUGAUAGAGGAUUAAGCUGCAAAACUUACUAUUUGUGAGUCUAGUACGAAAUAUGCAAAUGCAGACUUUCAGGAACACUCA